GUUCAAUAUCAGGUCAGGUGACGCAGCUGUGAAGAUUCCAAAGCUCGCUCGCGCACCCAGCUUGCGGAGAAAGUAAAUAGACGAACCAUGGAGGCCGCGGAUCCUCGGUCCUCGAGUGACGGCGCGCCGGCUAGCAGAGGAGGAUUCCCGGGCGGCGAGAGCAGCAGUGACCGGGACGGCGGGCGGGCCGGGGGUAGUGGCGGAGAGGGCGAGCGCGAGCAACGGGAACGGGCGACUUUCGAGUGUAAUAUCUGCCUGGACACUGCCAGGGACGCCGUGAUCAGUCUGUGCGGACACCUUUUCUGCUGGCCAUGUCUCCAUCAGUGGUUGGAGACGAGGCCAAGCAGGCAGCAGUGUCCGGUGUGUAAAGCCGGAAUCAGCAGAGAUAAAGUAAUUCCUCUGUACGGCCGCGGCAGCACCAGCCAGGAGGACCCCAGAUUAAAAACUCCACCUCGACCUCAGGGACAGAGAACAGAGCCUGAGAGCAGAGGGUUUCAGGGUUUUGGUGACACCGGGUUCCACAUGUCGUUCGGUAUCGGUGCUUUUCCUUUCGGCUUCUUCACCACAAUAUUCAACACCAACGACCCGUUCCACAGACCAGAUCCCCACUAUGCAGCAGAUCACCAGGGCAAUGGGAACAACGGCAACAACUGGCAGGACUCGCUCUUCCUCUUCCUCGCCAUCUUCUUCUUCUUCUGGAUGCUGAGUGUGUGAGAGAGAGAAUGAGAGAGAGAGAGAUACUGGGAGAAAGAGAGGGAGAGAUGAUGUCAGGACUGAGACACACACACACACACACACACACACACACACACACAGAUUGUCCAGGACAGAGGAACAGUAUUAAGACAGCGGGAGUUUAAUGAUGUUCCAUAAAACAUAAUAAAGUGUCUGAAAAAUAAGACACACACACACACAUUGCUUCAUACCAAAGAGAAUUCCACGUCACACGUUAGCGUAUUAAGCUAAUGUUCAUCAGCACAUUUAGUGUUAGUAUUAUUUAGCCCUUUUGGGACCGCUUCACACUUCUCCACCGCUAAGGAGUCAAUGGGGACAGGAUUACAACCAUACACCUUGGUACAGUGCAUUAUGGGUAUUUUGUACGGUCUAGGAAAUCCGUGACAAUGAGGGAUUAACAUGGCCGUAUCUGCAUUAGUUGAAGUACAUGCUCCUAUGGCAUUAUGGAUAAGCCAAACCUUCAACUGCUACCUGGUUGCCAGGAGAAUCUUCUAAAAGGUGCACAUCAUCAUCACUAAUCAGAGUGUGGUGUUAUUCCAGCUGGCAUUUCCUUCCUUGUGUGUUUGCAGUGUGACAUCACACUGCUGAGGCAGAAACCUCUUAUGUAUAUGAGCAUCCCGUGACUAGCACUCAGCUAGAACAUUACAUGCAAGGUGUUGAUCUGCUGAAUGUAGUGAACAAUAAGCGCUUAAGCCUUCUCUGUAACCUUUGGGAGAUCUGAUAUUAUCUGAUAUUAACUGAUAUUAACUGAUAUUACCAGCAGUUCAGCUGAUUUUAGAUUUCCAGUUUCGUUUUCCUUGGCUGUCUUGCCUGACCAGUCACAUGGCUUGCAAAGGGAUCAAGGCAGAUUAAACAAGCACCAAAGUUGUGUUCAUGUUAUUCGGUGGAAAUUUUGGCGCUUAUGUUACGGCCAGGUGACAGCGGUAGAUGCUGGUGGCAUGUCGGCAGUAAUCGUGUCUAGUAUGAUAUGGCUGCACAAAUAAUGCAGCUAGCAACAGAAUAGAUACGAAAUACAAAUACUGGAGGGUGUGGCUUAUCAAAUGAACCAGUUGUGACCCUCUGUUUCAGUAUAUUAGACAUUUUAAGCAAUUUGAAGCGUCUUGCUAAUUGAUUCAGGAGUCAUAGCUAUCAA